ACUACAGACCAAGGCGUUUAUAAAAACUAAAAAGUCGUUUCCUUUGCCUCUCCCUCCCUCCCUCCCUCCUUCUCUCCCUCUGCUCUCUCAACCCAUUUAAACCCUGUCUCUCCCUUAAGAAUUUGAAGAAACCCGUUUCUUGUUUUUGAAAAAGUCUCUCAAAUUUGAAGUCUUGAUUGAAAUGCAAUAGGAAAAAUUGCAUCUUUCAUGUGAUUCGUCUUGUUAUGGAAUAUGAAGUUUCAGACAGUAGUGGUACUGAUGAUGAUAUCCCGCCAUCAGAUCAAAAUAGAGUUGUAAGAGCAGUAAGAAUCUCAGGAAGUGGACAAUCUGCUGUAAUUUCUGCAACAUAUUCUAGAGUGCAAGCUGACAUGGAGGCUCAAAUUCAUCACCUUGAACAAGAAGCUUAUAGGGCUGUACUUCGUGCUUUUAAGGCUCAAUCUGAUCAACUUAGUUGGGAUAAGGAGGGUUUAAUUACAGAACUUAGGAAAGAGCUCAGGGUGUCAGAUGAUGAACACAGAGAGAUCUUAACAUUGGUUAAUAGAGAUGAUAUCAUUCAAAAGAUAAGGGAGUGGAGAGAGGCAGGCGGCCAACGAGCUCCCAGGCUCAAUGCAUCUCAGUCUGUUCAUGAUGUUUUUCCUAGUCCCACUGUUUCAGCAUCCCGUAAAAAACAGAAGACAUUCCUAAUGUAUCCGACAGGUCCUCCCAGAAAUCAGCAUUUCACCAACCAUGGUUCCGCCUAUGAUGACAAAGAAAUUGGAAAAGAAGUGUGGACAAGAUGGCCUGAGGACAACAACUUCUAUAAGGCUGUCAUAACUCGAUAUAACCCUACCGAGGGCAGGCAUGCUUUGGUCUAUGAUAUGAAUACAGAAAAUGAGACGUGGGAAUGGGUUGAUCUCAAUGAGAUGGCUCCAGAGGACAUUCGUUGGGAAGGUGAUGAUCCUGGAAUUUCUCGUGGUGGGCCAAGGCACAUGAUAAAAAAAUCCAUGAGCCAUGGAGGUUUUAAUUCAAGUUCUGUAAGAAGGAGGGCAUCCACUAAUGAUCAAUCAAAAAGAGAAUUUCUUCUAACACAGAAUGGUAUUGCAAGGAAACUUUCUGACAACAUCGAAUUGCUCAACACAGAGUCCCUAGUUAAGGAGGUGGAGAGGGUUUUUGGUGUCAGUUAUCCUGAUCCUCUUGACCUUGAGAAGGCAAAAAGGAUGUUAAAAGAGCAUGAACAAGCACUUGUUGAUGCAAUUGCAAGGCUCGCAGAUGCAUCUGAUGGAGAAAGCGAUGCCGACCCAAGAUUCUUGCAGGGGCAAGCAAUGGAGCAGGAAUGAGGUUUGAUGAAACCAGUUAACAGUGAAAGAUCGUAGUAAGGCCUGAUAGUUCUAGAAGUGUUAAUUGAGUAGCAUUAAAUUGCUUCAGCCCGCAAGACUACAUUUUUUCCCGCUGGAAUCCAUUUUUUUUGUUUGGUUGGAUUUUGAUCUUCUAUCCAAGUGUGGUCUUCUUGAUAAAAUAAAAAAAAACCUCAUGCUUGUAUCAUAUAAUAUCCAUGCACUAACAUUUUAUGCACACUUGGAACCUUUUAAUUGAAGUUAAUUUCUUCAAUCUUCAUCCAAAGAGCAGUGACUUCAAUGUAAAAUUAUGCGUGGCAGUGGAUGACAUAUAAUUGUGUAAAGAUCUAUUGAUGAUUCAGUGGCUGCCUUUGUAAUGGUAUGUUGACAUAGAAUUUCGUA